CACACCUACACAUAUACAAAAAUAUAAAAUAUAUAAAAAUUGCAAAAAGAAAACCCAGAAAAAAUAAAUAAAAUACCAAUUAUAAUAUAUAAAUAAAAAAUAAUCGAAUUCAAAAUGACUUACCAUGCGAUAUCGACACAGGAAAAGCCGUUUCUGAAACUCUCGAUGGCCGACUGGUAUAGCCGAGUUGGUUGUCUGCGUAAUGUGGCCAGUGCACGCUGUGCCGAUGCCAUCGGCUUGCGAUAUUCAUCGCAUAAGCUGCGCCAUGAGACGCGCAUAGAGCGACGCUGGUCGAAUUACGAGACGAACACAGCGCUGGACGAUCGCAUUUUGGAGAUGUCAAGCUGGCGUGAGCUCAUUUCCAAGGCAUCCGAGCGACUGGAGAACGAAGUUCAUUUGCUGCAGGGGGUGAAAACGGCGGCAGAGCAAGAGAUGGAACGAGAGUCGGGCCAGAUAGCGUUGAUAAAAGAAAUGCUUAGUCUGCGCGACAAGCGCUUCGCAUCUGAGCUGACCUACGAUAAGACAGGCCUUGAGAUCAAAAAUGAACUGGUCUUAUUGAAAAACAAUCGGCGUGUGCUGUCGGAGCUCCUCCAGAAGGCAUGGGAGAAGCUUAAACAUCUCGAGGAGGUUCGCUUCAAGGUUGACCAAGAAGUCAAGAACAAGCUGGAGACCAUAGAAAUAGACAGUGCACAAAGGUCGCUAGAACGCAAUUCAUCUCAAAUAUCCUACAAACCGGAGGGUACGCAUAAUUCCCGAGACUUCUGUGCAUAUAGUUUUUGGCUGGAGCAUACGCAAAAUAUAAUGAAGGCGGUGGAAGGCGAACUGGUCGAUGCAGCUGCCCUGCGGGAGACGCUGCACUUGUGUACCCUAAAGGCACGUCGCUUUCUGGAUGGCCAGGAAGAGCGAACCGAUGCCUAUACACGCCUUCGCGUUUUUCAGACUCAGCAGUUGACCAACGAGCUAGAGUGGCAGCAGAUGAGGCUUCGCGAAGAGAUAAAAUCGGCAAUGUACGAGAUUCAGACCCUGGAGAAUGAUGUGUGCGAUAUGGCGAAUGAUAUACGUUUGGCCGAGACGCGACUGGAGAAUCGUUCCCAACGCUGCAAAACUGAACUGUGCCUGGACAAUGCACACUAUCUGCUAUCCCGGGAGGUGGAAAAGCAGCGCGAGAUUCGUCGCUGUCUGGAGAACAAGCUGGAUGAAUCGAAGUUCAAUUUGCAAAUGCUAUCGGAACAUGCAAAAAAGAUCAGCUAUGAUCUGGAUAAGAAGCAGCAGACGCUGAUAAACGACAAACAAAUGUUGGUGGAGCGUCAGCACUUCAAGAAUGGAGAGGCUGGACUGAAGUUGCCAAGUGUCAGUCCCCAGACCGAUCGAAAUAUUGUUCUCACACGCACUGAGAAUAUAACUCAAAAGGACUAAGAAUGCAAUGUAAUCAUUUUUACAAGUAAUUUCUACAUGAUUAUAAAUAAAGUGUCGGAAUGAAUAGCUGCAAA